AUGAAACUUAUUGUGGAUGGUUUACUGCAACCAAUCAACUAUGAUCUCCGUGAUAAGUAUGAGAAGCCAUUGUUUCGUACUGAAAUCACAUCCCUGAAGGACUUGACCACUGGUCAAAAGUUGAGUGGCCGUGUAUCAAAUGUGACUCAUUUUGGGGCCUUUGUUGAUGUUGGUGUUGGCAUUGACGGCCUUUUGCACAUUAGCAAAAUGAAACCGGACCUGUUGGCCCAAAAGAAUCGCUCAAAACUUGAACUUGCAUGUUCCUUAUCUAUCUAUAUACCUCAGUGUGUUCCUUAUCUAUCUAUCUAUCUAUAUACCUCAGUGUGUUCCUUAUCUAUCUAUCUAUCUAUAUACCUCAGUGUGUUCCUUAUCUAUCUAUCUAUAUACCUCAGUGUGUUUCUUAUCUAUCUAUCUAUAUACCUCAGUGUGUUUCUUAUCUAUCUAUAUACCUCAUCUGUUCAUAUCUAUCUAUCUAUCUAUCUAUCCAUGAUGUCAUGCUCACCAAAUCUAUCUCAAUCUCUUCCUAUCUAUCUAUCUAUCUAUCUAUCUAUCCCAGUCUGUUCAUAUCUAUCUAUUUAUCUCAGUCUGUUCAUAUCUACCAAUCUAUCUAUCUCAGCUGAUUCAUAUCUCUCUAUCUCAAUCUGUUCAUAUCUAUUUCAGUCAGUCUAUAUCUAUCUAUCCAUUUAUCUAUCUAUCUAUGAUUCCUUUUCAUAUCUAUCUGUCUAUCUCAGUUUGUUCUUAUCUAUCUACCUACAUAAGUCGGUUCAUAUCUAUCUCUCUAUCUCAAUCUUUGCUGCCAUCAUCUAUCUAUCUCAGUGUGUUCUUAUCUAUCUAUCUAUCUAUCACAUACAAUCUGUUCAUAUUGGUUUUCGUAACAAUAAUUCUAUCUAUCUCAGUUUGUUCAUAUUUAUCUUUUUCAGUCUGUACAUAUCUAUCUAUCUAUCUAUCUAUCUAUCUAUCUAUCUAUCUAUCACCUGUGGAACUCUUUACUGA